GAGAUCAGUACAGGUGUUGAUGUGGCUUUAUUCAUCCUUGCUGUGAUGACUGCAGGUUACUGGACAUGGAUAGCUGCUGUCAGAACACCUACGCAAUCUCAUCAUAGUUUCCCAUGUAUUCGGUAACCUCGCUUUUCGGAAUACGGAGCGUAUAAUUUAAUUUACGGUGGAAAUAAUUAGCACCAACCAAACGAUACUAUGGUGCAUCACUCGGGAUCCACACAGUCCUUCAAGCAACAAAACGGCAUGCACACAAGCAUCAGUGAGAUCUUGAAGGAGAAGCCGCUGAAUCCUUCCCGUCGCAGUCUGCCCUGCCUGGCUCAGAACCAGAUACACCCACAGAGCCUCAGCCACGUUCUGUCCCUGCCCGGCACCCCCGACGACAAGCCGCAGACACCGCCGGAUCUCCAGGACCAGACACGUGCCCAGCUCCAGACCCAGCAGGUGGACCCCUGGUUACAGCACCAGGCCCGGGGAAAGGACCACCGUCAGCUCCAAGCCCAGACCCAGCAGGUGGACCCCUGGUUACAGCACCAGGCCCGGGGAAAGGACCACCGUCAGCUCCAAGCCCAGACCCAGCCUCUGACUCACAGUCACAGCACCUCCUGCACCCUCAUCCCCUCAAAGAUCAAAGAAGCUGUGAAGGACCACUAUGGGGAGGAGUCAGAAGCUGCGAAGGACCACUAUGGGGAGGAGUCAGAAGCUGCGAAGGACCACUAUGGGGAGGAGUCAGAAGCUGCGAAGGACCACUAUGGGGAGGAGUCAGAAGCUGCGAAGGACCACUAUGGGGAGGAGUCAGAAGCUGCGAAGGACCACUAUGGGGAGGAGUCAGAAGCUGCGAAGGACCACUAUGGGGAGGAGUCAGAAGCUGCGAAGGACCACUAUGGGGAGGAGUCAGAAGCUGCGAAGGACCACUAUGGGGAGGAGUCAGAAGCUGUGAAGACCAACUAUGGGGAGGAGUCAGAAGCUAGUGCUUACAAGGCAGGAAGGACAGACGAGUCGUUUCUCAUUCAGAAACCUGCCAUCCGAGCCAAAUUAGAGGCACGAGCAGAUUCGCUUCAGGGGACCAACCCCGGGCAGCCGUCCGGUCUGAUGUUCAGAGAUGGAAAGAAGCGUAUCGAUUACAUCCUGGUCUAUAGGAAGUCCAGUCCUCUGGUGGAAAAGAGAGUCACCUUUGAGAGGAACCUGAGAGCUGAGGGACUGAUGCUGGAGAAAGUGUCGUCUCUGACCAACACCGACAUCAUGUUUGUGAAGAUCCACGUUCCCUGGGAAACCCUCUGUAAAUACGCUGAGCAGAUGAAUAUCAGGAUGCCAUUCAGGAAAAAAAUUUACUUUACGGAUUGGAAGAGCAAAGUUAUGGGCAGCCGGUUUCAUCUGAGGUGUUGUCAGAUAAAGAGUUGGUUACCCAGCAACCCCAUGAAGCUGGACAAAGAGGCCCUACCUGACCUAGAGGAGACAGACUGCUAUACAGCCCCCUUCAGCAGGGCACGCAUGCACCAUUUCACCAUCAACAACAGACAGACGUUCUUCUCCAACUCCACCAGAAGCAGAAUCGUCCACCAUGUUCUCCAACGCACCAAGUAUGAGGACGGGAAGUCUAAGAUGGGUAUCAACAGGUUAUUGGGCAAUGGAACAUAUGAGGCGGCAUUUCCUCCACACGAGGGUGGCUAUAGGAGCCGACACCCUAUUAAUACCCACGGUGCCCAGAACCACAGACACCUGCUGUACGAGAGGUGGGCUCGCUGGGGCAUGUGGUACAAGUACCAACCCCUCGACCUUAUCAGGCGUUACUUUGGGGAGAAGAUUGGGCUGUACUUUGCCUGGUUGGGCUGGUACACUGGCAUGCUGAUCCCUGCAGCUCUGGUGGGUCUCUUCGUCUUCCUCUACGGACUCCUUACUAUGGACACUAGUCAAGUCAGUAAAGAGAUCUGUGAGGCCAACACAACAAUCAUGUGUCCCAUGUGUGAGCAGAACUGCAAACCCUGGAAACUCAGUGACAGCUGUGUCUAUGCUAAGGUGACCCAUCUCUUUGACAAUGGAGGAACUGUGUUCUUUGCUAUCUUCAUGGCUAUAUGGGCCACGGUGUUCCUGGAGUUCUGGAAGAGGAGAACGGAGCUGACGUAUGACUGGGACCUCAUCGACUGGGAGGAGGAAGAGGAGAAUCUGCGGCCCCAGUUCGAAGCCAAGUACUCCAGGUUAGAGAGAGUAAACCAUAUCUCUGGCAAGCCGGAGCCCUUCCAGCCCUUCACUGACAAACUCAGCAGACUCAUGAUCUCUGUGUCUGGCAUCUUCUUCAUGAUUUCUUUGGUCCUGACAGCGGUGUUUGCGGUGGUGGUGUUCCGACUGAUUGCCAUGGAGAAGUUUGCAUCGAUCGACUGGGAGUUUGUCAAGAAGAACUGGCAGUUUGCCACCUCUGGAACGGGAGUCUGUAUCAACUUCAUGAUCAUCAUGUCUCUGAAUGUGGUAUAUGAGAAGGUGGCUUACCUUCUCACCAAUUUAGAACACCCACGGACUGAGUCAGAAUGGGAGAACAGUUUUGCUCUCAAGAUGUUUCUCUUCCAGUUUGUAAACUUGAACAGCUCUAACGUUCCCCAGCUCACAGUUUACUUCCUUGAACUGUUCGCCGGCAGACCAGGGAAAUAUAACAAACUGUUCAAUAGAUGGAGACUGGAGGAGUGCCACCCCAGUGGCUGUCUGAUCGAUCUGUGUCUACAAAUGGGGGUCAUCAUGGUACUGAAACAGAUCUGGAACAACUUCAUGGAGCUGGGUUAUCCUCUGCUUCAGAACUGGUGGUCUCGCAGGAAAAUGAAGCGGACAGAGAGUAAGGAGAGGACAGGAGGGGGACAGAAUGUGAGGGACAAAGUACAGCUUCCUCAGUGGGACAAAGACUGGACCCUGCAGCCCAUGAACGCCCACGGACUGGUGGAUGAGUACCUGGAGAUGGUUCUCCAGUUUGGUUUCAUCACCAUCUUUGUAGCUGCGUUCCCGUUGGCUCCUCUCCUGGCUCUGCUCAACAACAUCAUUGAGAUCCGUCUGGAUGCCUACAAGUUUGUUACUCAGUGGAGGAGGCCCAUGCCUGCCAGAGCCACAGACAUAGGUAUCUGGCACGGUAUCCUGGAGGGGAUCGGCGUGCUAGCUGUCAUCACCAACGCCUCCAUCGCCAUCACCUCCGACUACAUCCCCGUUGUCCCUGUCUGACAGGCUGUUGUCCCCUACGGACCCUGUGUGAACAAUGGAUAUCGUCAGGACGAAUGUCUGCGAGGCUACAUGAACAGCAGUCUGUCUGUGUUCGACAUGGGCGAACGCUGGAACGUGAGUGAGGAGCAGAGUAGAUACUGCAGGUACAGAGACUACAGAGCCUCUCCCUGGAGCCCAGUACCAUACGACUUCACUCUGCAGUUCUGGCACGUCCUGGCUGCAAGACUAGCCUUCAUCAUCGUCUUCGAGCACCUGGUGUUCGGCGUCAAGUCGUUCAUCGCGUACCUGAUCCCAGACCAGCCCAGGAGUCUGUGUGACCGCAUGCGAAGGGAGAAGUACCUGACACAGGAGAUGAUGUAUGAAGCAGAGCUGGAGCACCUGCAGGAGGAGAGGAAGAAGAACGGCAGGAGAUAUCACCACGAGUGGCCUUAGUAUCAGUUCCCCUGUACUACAUACA